UUAAGAACAGAAUUAUUCAAUUCCUCUGCGCAUUAGUCUCUGCGUUCUUCCCUCUCUCUCCGUGUUCGUGUUGGUAUCAGCGGUAACAAGGUGAGAAGACAAAGAUGUCCACCACCGGAACUACAACCUCAGAAGUGAGCAGCAACGAGUGGGAAGUGAUACACAUGAGCGAGCAAGAGGAGGAUCUGAUUCACAGGAUGUACAAGCUGGUCGGAGACAAGUGGAAUUUGAUAGCGGGUCGCAUUCCGGGUCGUAAAGCAGAAGAGAUAGAGAGAUUCUGGAUUAUGAGACACACUCACACUUUCUCUGUUACAAAAAAUCAAAGUAAAGCCAAAGACUCUUAAUUUUUAUUUAUUUUUUCCUCCCCACCUGUCUUUUUGGGCAUAAUUCUCAUAAAUAUAUAAAUUUCGGUUAAAUAUGUUUUACACGUCUGUAGACUUCAGAUGUUUUUAUUCAUCUUUAUAAAAAAUUUCUAUAUUUUUAGACUUUUAUUUAUUUUUUGUUAUCAAUAUCAGUUUCUAAGGUUACAAUUUUAUACGUAUUUUUGUUUAUUUUUUUAUCUCUUUCAAAAGGACUGAUAUUGAUGAUGAAAAACCUAAUAAAAGACUAAAAGCCCAGGGGAGAAAAAUAAAAUAAAAAUCUGAAGUUUGAUAAGAAAUUAAAAAUAUAUUUAACCGGAUAAAUUUUGUUGUGAAAUUGUUGUUUCGCCCAUUAUAUUCCUUCUUGUUGAAUCGUAAACUUCCAUGAGUUUCAUAUAGAAGCUAUGAAAAAGUUUGCAUUUUAGUUUGUAUAAAAAAGUGUGUAUUAGACUACUUUAAUUUGAGUGAUUUAUAAUUUGAAUUUGUGAUUUUUUAUUUUAGUUUA